AAAACGUGGUUUUUUGGUUCGAUAGCAGCCCAGCAGAAAAUUGUCAAAUUAUAGCAAAAGAAAAUUAUUGAGUGAAUUACGCGCUCUAUAGUGUCACUAGUGAAGAAAAAUAAAGGGUGUGAUCUUCGCGAAACCGCUAAAAAUGGAGAACCAAAACAAUACCGCUACUGCUGCAGAUGCAGCCAACAAUGCAGAAAAUGGUUCAAACGCUACUCAGGAAGUGUCUUCUACAACUCAUGUACCCGCUGAGCCAACUAAACGUUCACUACGUGUACAAACCUGGAAGAAAAUUCAAGAUAACAAGUGCGGCGUAGGUUUCAAUGCCAUUUUCAAUCGCAUACCCGGUUUUGUGGAUAGCGACAAAGCUGCCAAACUACUCUCAGAAACUGAAGAAUUCAAAAAAGCGCAAAACAUCAAGGUCAACAUCGAUCGCGCCUUGCAUUCGGUAAAAUUGCAAACUCUGCUUGCGGGAAAAACAUUGUAUUUACCUGGAACGCGUGACUCAAAAGCUAUAUAUUUAAAAGUAGACGUGCCUGCUGACGCCACAGAUGACCAGAAGAAGGAUAUUCUCAAUGUACAAGAUGUGCAGCAACAUCGCACCGAAAUAACUUUGGAGAACAAAGUUAAAUUGGAUAUGGUAGUCAUUGGUUCGGUGGUAGUAUCGCGUGAUGGUUACCGUAUUGGACGCGGUAACGGUUUCGCCGAUCAGGAUAUUGGCUUGCUUACCGAAAUCGGUUCAAUUACGCCCGACACAGUAAUCGCUACGAUGGUACAUGAUUUGCAGGUUGUUGAUUCCCUGCCAAAGGAGCUAUUCCAAAAGUACGAUACUCCUGUUGAUUUGAUUGUAACACCCACAGAGGUUAUACAUGUCAGCAAACGGUUGCCACGCCCAGCUGGCGUAUUCUGGGAACUACUUUCGGAACGUCGCCUUAAGAUUGUACCUGUACUGCAGGUGCUUAAGGAAAGCGAAGAGAAGGCUGGUAAAGUGAUUGUGCUGAAAGAAGAGGAUACCGAUAUUGAACAAAAUCAGAAUGCACGCAGUCGUCGUCGUGGACCGGUACGUCGGCGUUUCGGACGUCGUAAUCAACGUCGCGCUAUUUCUCAAACCGACACAGAACAACAGGGCCAAGACCAACAAAAGCGUAAUCCUCGCAGAGUCCGCCGUUUCCCCAACCGAAGACGUCGUCCAACAAAGUCUGAAGGUGAUCAAUCAGGCGUUGAAGGUAAAAGCCAGGAGCGCAAGGGUGCCGGCGGUGAUCGUAAGCAGCAACAGCAACAACGACAACAGCGUGUGCGUAAGAAUCGACUUGCCCGCGAUUUUUGCAUCAAACUUUCGAAUAUUACGCGAGAUGUGCGCGUAAAGGAUUUGAAGUCCGAGUUACGUAAACGUGAAUGUAACCCACUCUAUAUCUCAUGGAAAGGUCAAUUUGGCAAGUGCUACUUGCAUUUUGGCAACCGCAAUGGCACACCAAGCACUGAGGACGAAAUCGAGAAGGUGCUUAAGUCGUUGAAUGACUUGUCAUUGACAGUGACCACAGGUGGUGGUGCUGGUACUGGUAAUGCCAGUGGCGCUGAAGGAGAUGCUGCGCAACCACAACAGACGAAAACCGUUGCGGUCAAUGUGGAGUUGCUCAAGUUUGAUGAGAAGAAGGGUGAAGGUGGUAGCGGUGCUGCUGCCAAUGGUGACGCUGCUGCAGGCGGUGAUGCUGGCGCUGCUCGCAUCGAGUCCGUCGAUACUACCACCGUAUAGUAUGAGCUACGGGCUGUUUUGAAACGGCUGUACUUUUGGUUGGGACAUUUGGAAUCGUGCGUUCAACGAGAGAAAAUUGUUUAACAUUCAUUUACUCCUCCGUCAACACCCGCCCCCACACAUACAUACAUAUAUUUGCCUUUCCCAUUCAGUAAUAUAUUCAGCAACUACGCACGUUUCUUAAUUUUUCGAAUGUCAGACUAGUUUUUUGUUUUUACAUAUUUCAAAUAAAUCAAGUAAAGAUUUUUUUUAUUUUUUCCAAUGCGGGGUAUUAUGAUAGCCAAGUUCUGAGCAAAGCAUUCGUUUGAUAUUUUAACCAACCACGCCGGUUGAAUUUCAAUUGUAACAUAUUAAUUUGUUUAAUUUCUUGUAAUGCGUAGAUAAAAAAUACUCUUAACAAUUAUUAGCUCGCGCGCACUUUUUAACUUAUUUGUAAACUGAAUUUACGAAGAUAACUAGCAAAUAUAUAAAAAAUGAAAAUAAAAAUAAAAACAAAAACGAAAAAAACAAGUAAAAAUACAUAAAACCAAAAAAUAAGGGAAAAAAAAAAAAUAUAUAUAAAUAUAUAUAUUUAGAUAUAUAUAAAGAAGUGAACACGUAAUCGACAGGAAUUAUUUCUCAACGCAAUUUCCAAAUGUCCUGUUCCAAUUUGAAACGCGGUUAUUUAAUUUGCUCUUGCAGUAUGAGCCGCCGCAUACAUUUUUAAUGAAAUGAAAAACUAAAAAAAAACAAAUAAAAAUGUUUGCGAAACAAGCAACAAACAUAUAUUGAACUAACAAUUGAAACAUUUAAAAGAAA